GCAGGCUGGCAUUGGCAGCCGGGCAUUGUUCCAGCUGGCAAUGCCACCGCUGGGGACAGCCCGACAGCCCCCGGCCCGGCAUGGGGACCCGGCAGGAGGAUGAGGAUGAUGGCAGCGUCCCUGCGUGCCCUGGCACGGGACCGUGACCCCGCCUGUGCCGUCCUUGGGGACAGCCCCGUGUCCCCAGCGCCUGUCUGGCCAUCCCGGCUGGCUCCGGGCUGACACUGAUGGAUUCGGGUUGGGCAAGAGCCCGGCCCUGAGCCCAGGCUGUGCGGAGGGGACACGGCAGGGACAGGAACACUGCAGGGACACAUUGCCGUUCCCAGGGACACUGCGGGGACACGGCAGGGACAUGGCAGGGACAGGCUGGGGAGGGGACACGGCAGGGACAGGCUGGCACUUGCAGGGACACUGCGGGGACACGGGAGGGACACUGCAGAGACACCCUGGCCCUUCCCAGGGGACAUUGGGACAGGGCUGGGACAGGCAGAGCUGUGACACUGAUGUGACAGGCAGGGCUGUGACUGUGACACUGGGACAGACAGGGCUGUGACAUUGGGACAGGCAGGAAUGUGACACUGAGGGGACAGGCAGGGCUGUGACUGUGACACUGGGACAGACAGGGCUGUGACAUUGGGACAGGCAGGAAUGUGACACUGAGGGGACAGGCAGAGCUGUGACAUUGAAGGGACAGGGCUGUGACACUGACACAGGCAGGGCUGUGACACUGAAUUGUCCCCACACACAGAAGUGACACUUCUGGGAUCCGGGGGUGGCAGUUGAUUUUGCUGAUGCUCCUGCACAGAGCCACCACAGCUGUCCCCAUUGCCACCCACACGUCCCCAGGCAGGGCCAUCACUGCCAGCCACCCCCAGCCUGGUGUGGCAUGUCACCGUGUCCCCAGGGCCAGCCCUGCCAUGUCCCUGUGUCCCCAGGGCCAGCCUUGCCUUGUCCCCUUGUCCCCAGGGCCAGCCCUGCUGUGUCCCCGUAUCCCCAGCCAGGUCCCAGCUGUCCCCAGCCCUGCCAGCACGCUGUCACAGCAUCACCCCAGAUCCCCAAAGUGUCCCCGUGUCCCUCCCAGCUGGCACCUGGCCCUGCAGCUAAUGGGGGAUGCAGCAAUUAUGAGGCCGGAUUGAUUAAAUCCUAAUUAAAUCCUAAAUCAAGGAGCUUUCAAACGGCCCUGACCUUUCCCAGCUGGGGCUGGGCAGGGGCUGUGGCACAGGAUGUGUCCUUCUGUCCUUCUGCCACCCCUGCUCCGUGUGGCAUGGCACAGGAGGGGACACCGGGUGCUGUGACUGGGGACAAUCAGUGACAAUGCCACCCCUGUCCCCUGGGAUUGUGAUUUGGGGGGCAUCAGGAGGAAUUCCUGCAUGGACAGGGCUGGGAAGCAUCGGGAGGAGCUGCCCAGGGAGGGCUCAGUGCCCAUCCCCGGGGGUGGCACCUUGGGGACAGGGUGGCACCCGGUGACCCCAGAAAUGUCAAUAAAUCCGGGAUUCUGUGGCACCCACGAGUGACAGGUGACUGUGGCUCUGCCCAGGGGACAGGAUGGCACUCGGUGACCCCAGAAAUGUCAAUAAAUCCGGGAUUCUGUGACAUCCACGAGUGACAGUGACAGCCACGUAGCCAGCUCUGCUCGCCCCCUGUGCGAGCUCAUUAACGUUGCUAAUUAGCCAGGCUGAUUGCGGGGGUGGCAGGAAGGGGUAGGAGGCUCUCAGGGCACUCCAAUACCAAGGCGGAGCUGUGUCCGGGGGUCUCUGCAGCGGGGGAAGCGGUGACAAUGACACGACAGUGACAGCGCCGCCUUGUCGCGCCCGCCCGCGCCGCCCGCCCGCCUCGCUUUGAGGCCGCCGCGCCCGCGCCAACCGCAGAGCCGAGGGCGGGCCCCGCCCCCGCCGCGCUGCCAUUGGCUGAGCGCCCCGGGGGGCGGGGCCAGCCCGCGGACACGUGUGCGCACCCGGAAGCGGCGGCGGGACCGGUCCGGCCCGGGCGGAGGCCAGGAUGAUCCCGGGGCUGGGCCCAGGGCUGCAGGCACUGCUGGGCACUCUGCUCACCUGGGCCCUGACAGCAGCAGGGUCAGCGCUGGUGUUCGUGUUCUCCAGAGGCCAGAGGCGGAUCCUGGAUGGGAGCCUGGGCUUUGCUGCAGGGGUGAUGCUGGCAGCCUCCUACUGGUCCCUGCUGGCCCCUGCCAUCGAGCUGGCCCAGGAAUCCGGCACCUUUGGGGCCUUCUCCUUCUUCCCCGUGGCCGCUGGCUUUGCCCUGGGGGCAGCGUUCGUCUAUGGGGCCGACCUGCUGCUGCCAGAGCUGGGCUUCCCUGGCGCUCCCCACGCCGCCCUGGCCCUGAGCUGCGAGCACAGAGCCCCGAAGGAGAAGCAGGAGCAGGAGCAGAGCCCUGGCUGGGAUCUCGGGAGCAGCAGCAGCAGCAGCGAGCUGGCCAUCAGGAUAGACAAGGCUGAGAACGGGGAGCCCUACCAGAGGAGGAGAGGAGCGGGGUCCCCCCUGCCCGAGGGCCCCCCAGCAUUCCCAGCCGCCCAGGACGGAGCCCCCCUGGCCAGGAGCAGCAGCUGGAGGAGGAUUUUGCUGAUGAUCCUGGCUAUCACCAUCCACAACAUCCCAGAGGGCCUGGCAGUGGGAGUUGGCUUUGGAGCCGUUGGCAAAUCCGCGUCUGCCACGUUCCAGAGUGCCAGGAAUUUAGCCAUUGGGAUUGGCAUCCAGAACUUCCCAGAGGGCCUGGCUGUCAGCCUGCCCCUGCGUGGCGCUGGAUUUUCCACCUGGAAAGCGUUCUGGUAUGGGCAGCUGAGCGGGAUGGUGGAGCCCCUGGCCGGGCUCCUGGGCGCCUUUGCCGUGGUGCUGGCGGAGCCGCUCCUGCCCUACGCGCUGGGGUUCGCCGCUGGAGCCAUGGUCUACGUGGUGAUGGACGACAUCAUCCCCGAGGCACAGACCAGUGGCAACGGCAAGUUGGCAUCCUGGACCUCCAUCCUGGGCUUUGUGGUGAUGAUGUCCCUGGACGUGGGGCUGGGCUAGGGCAGAGCUGCAUGGCCAGAGGACACAGCAGAGCCCCGCGCCGCGGGAUCGGAGCCGCGCACAGCCCGGGACUGGAGCUGUACAUAGAAUUUUGGGAUCUGGUUUGGUGUUGAUUUCCUCUGAUUUUGCAUCUCCCCCUCCCCUCUGAGUUCCCGGCGAUGGUUUCCAAGCACAAAUACGGGUGGGUCCUCCCAGAUCCUGGUUUGGUUUUCCUCUUGGGAGGGGCGUUGGAUGAAUGCUGGGCUGGUUUCUCCAGGGAAUUUGGGAUUUUGAUCCUCUCUGUUCUGGCAGAGGUUGGGAAUUCCCUGCCCCGUGUGGAGGCUGGUCUGGGGUCUUGAAAUGGAGAAAUCUCCUUAUGGAGAGUGGAGUUGCACCCUUUUUUGGGAAGGUUGAAGGCAUUGGGACUGUGAUGAGCCAUGGGAUCACAGGUCUUCCACACCCUGCUGCUCCUCAGGAACGCUGCAGGGAUUGCUUUGGAUGCCUGGAGAUAGUCCAGGCAAAUAAAGAUGAAUUUUCUUGGGAUCUCUGCAAGAGGGAAAUGUCAUUUUUUCCUGAAUGUGUCUCAGAGGGGCACUGCUCCGAUGUUCUGGGGUUUUCUCUAGGAAAAACCCCCAAAAAAGGAGGAUUUGAGUGUUUUCCAUGCAUUCCAUGUGGAGCUGUCUGGGCUGCCCAAGGGAUUCUGGAUUUCAGCUGCUGCUUCCAGCAAUCAGAGCUCCCUGAAGGGCCAAGCCAGGGUUCUCCUGCUCACCUGCAGGAAGGGCAGGAGCACUGGGGCAUUCCAGGAUGAAUUAAUGAAUUAAUCCCUCGGGAUGAAUUAAUUAUCCCACUGGAGAUAAUUCAGAACCAUUCAUGGACAGAACCAUGCAUGGACAUUCCUGCCUCUUCUCCUGCUGCUUCCCAAGCAUUUCUUGUGGAAUGGCUCUUCCUGAGCGGUGAGGAUUGAUCCCCAAUCCCAAGCUUUUCUUGUGGAAUGGCUUUUCCUGAGCAGUGAGGAUUGAUCCCCAAUCCCAAGCUUUUCUUGUGGAAUGGCUUUUCCUGAGAGGUGAGGAUUGAUCCCCAAUCCCAAGCAUUUCUUGUGGAAUGGCUUUUCCUGAGCAGUGAGGAUUGAUCCCCAAUCCUGGAUUGGGCAGGCUGAGGGGUGAAUCCUGCCCAUCCCCGUGCCAGCCUUGGGGGAUGCUGCAAAUCCCAGCAACCCCUCGCUCCAAUCUGCAGCACAAAGAGCUUCCCCAAACCCUCCUGUGGGAUUAUUUGGAUCACCUGGCUGCUCAAUCCCUCUGGAACUGGGGCUGGGAUGUCCUGGGUCCCCCUUGAGUCCCCCCAAAGGGAACAGGCUGGAAUAAUCUGAGCUCUCCAUUUUGUUCAGUCCUUGUUUUUUGGGAUGGAUUUCCUUUGUGUGUCCCUCUGGAUGAUCCAAAGCUCCUGUUUGCUGAUGGAUUUGACCUUUUAACUGUGAUUGCUUCCAAUAAAUGGGAAAUGGAGUUUGCA